UGGGCAGAAAAAUACUUGCCUCUUCCUAUUACACAAUCUCUUCUAGACCAUCGCCCACCGAUCCCCAGGUGAGCGCUACAGGUUCUCGAGCGGUCAGAGAAUCGCAAAUUCCAGGUCUGUCUAUCCAAAUGCGAUAGCGCGCGAUGAUCUCACGAGCGAAUCCCCGAGGAUAAAGAUAUAUAAUUCGAUUCGAGGCCGAGAGAGCUCGAUGCGAGCGGAGAGGAAGAUCCUUGAGAGGGGACGAGAGAAUUCACGCCUGUGAAUGAUUCCAGGAGCUCGGAUUCCUCCUGUGCUGCUUCGUCUCUCCAUCUCCAAUCGCUGUCAAUGGCAACCUGGGAGCCAAAGUUACCUUCUUCCUUCCACGAGACGUCUCUCUGGUCGCUCAAAUCCAGUGCCGCUAGCGCUACCACCGCCGCUGAUCACAACCACCACCACUUCUCUUGGUCUCCUCUAGGUUCCAGCGAUUCGCCUACCACCGCCACGAUGGCCGACAAAUCGCUUCUUAGCGCUCUCAACAAAGCUUCGCCUCCAUCGCGUCAAUUCGCCACCAGCGGUGACAAGCUCGAUCAGCCCACAGAUUUUCAGCACGACGGAGACGCUGGAGCUCACGGCUAUGGCAGUGCCACCACGAAUUCCUCCACGGCGCCAAACCGGGGCAGCGCCACCAUCGCCAACAAGCUCCUCGGUGGGGCGGGAGCUCUAGGAACAGGAUCCGGGAAGGUAACAAAGAAGCGAGCUCGCGCGUCGCGGAAGCCUCCCACCACCGUCCUCGAGGCGGACAGCUCCAACUUCCGGGCGAUGGUGCAGCAGCUCACUGGGAUCCCGUCGGUUCCGUUCCUCUCCUCGUCGAUGCACCAGCGAAACGGCCUCGAGUUCCUGGAUCUCGGCAGGCCCCCGACGGCCACACGCUCGAUCCUGGGCUUCGCAGGUCCACACCACCAGGCGUUGCAGGGACUUCCACCGCUCGACCCCUCGGCUUUGCUCCCAGCUUUCGGCUCGAGAGCUCACUCCGAGGCCACGGCCGCCGGGUUUGGAUCGUCGUCGCCAUACUUCAAGUACAUGUCCGCCGCGGUGGCCGCCAGCGCUGCUCCUCACGAGCACUCGAGGCAGCAGCAAGCUCCUCCCAGUAUGGGGGACUUUCUGAGAACACCGCUGGACGAGCUCGGCCUGGACCAGAAUGCGAGCUCGCCACUGCUGAGCUCGCUGGAUCAGCAGCAGCAACACGAGCAGCAGCGUGUAAAUCUUCCCAGGAAAUUGGAGAGCUCGGAGCUCUCGUCCAUGCCUUCGUUGUGGGAAGGAGGUGGCGAUAGCUCGAGUCGAGAGUUGCAGGCGACGAAUUGCAAGACCGAGGAUGGUGGUCUGGAGCAUGGAACUGAUGAUACCGGCGACCAGGAGGGAUCCAACAGUAGGAUGGUUCACAUUGUGGAUUCGUGGUUGUCCCAUGCAGAUCAAACCACGGAUCACAAGCAGCACUGAGGAGAGUCUACACACUGAUAUACAUCGCUAAUAAUUUUCGCGGAGCUGUAGAGACACGCACGUUUUUAACUUUAGAAGUUCCAGAGGUUGGGCUGCUUUCACAGAUGCGAGCUUCUCAGCAUAACGUUUUACUACAGUAGAGAACAAGGAAUUAAAAAUAUACACCUUUCAUGCCUCA